AUGUGUUCUUCAUUGACGUGGAGAGGCUAUAUGCCGUUAUUAUCCCUCAACUUCGAAAGCCUUCGUCCCAAAUGCUCCGUAUGGAGGACGCGUACUGAAGAUUCGUCAUUUCGUAUUAGUUUUAAGAAUCGAUCGUUUGCCUCUUACACAAAGUGCAGUCUGGCAUACAAAUACGAUAAACAAUUGGAUCAAGACUCCUUCCGAAUCUUUACGCUUGAUCCUGGACAAGGGAGUGAUGAGCUCCGCGGUACUCUACAGACACAUCCACUCAAUGCAGCGCCCAAGUAUGAAGCGCUCAGCUACGUAUGGGGACCUCUCAAUCGAACCAAGUCAAUCACAUGCAACGGACAAGACUUCAACAUCACCGAUAGUCUCGACACAGCCCUGAGGCGGCUCAGACUACCUGAAAAACCGCGUCACGUAUGGAUCGAUCAAAUAUGCAUAGACCAAGACUCCGUAACAGAGCGGUCAGAGCAGGUCAGCAUCAUGAGGCACAUCUACUCCAAUGCGGAAAUUGUCAACGCGUGGCUUGGUCCUGCUGAUCCAGAGCUAGCAGCUUCUGCAGCGGGCAUCAUAUCAACCCUGGCAAACCCGAAACCCAGUCUUUUUCUGAGAGACUACUUUCCCGAGGAUCAAGAAUUGCUCGAUCUUGGUCUGCCAACACGAGACUCCCCAGCUUGGGAUGCCUUGAACACACUGUUCAACGUACCAUACUUUUCAAGAGUCUGGAUCAUACAAGAAGUCGCCGUCGCGUCUGAUUUCUCACUGCUAUGGGGAGACGUCACUAUCUCUAAACACGAGUUCAAGACUUUCAGAUUAGCAGCUCUCGCCCACAAACUAUCCGACGUCGACCUUGAAAAAGGCUCACCGCAGCUGGAGUGGAACACAGUCGCUCUUCUAUACAUGGGGCAUUAUCAAGUUGGGGAUACCAAUCUCUUGCAGCUAGUCUCUUCUGUAUCAUCAACUCAUGCAACAGACGCACGGGACAAAAUAUUUGCAUUGAUUGGUCUUGCUGGGGAUCGAAAUUACAACACUGUACCCAACUAUAACAGGAAUAAGGCGGAAGUCUUUACAGAAUUUGCUCGUGCGGUGAUGACAGCGGAAAAGAACUUGAAUAUUCUCGAUUACUCUUAUGUGGGGGACCCCGAGGACUCAGAACGUCUGCCUCUUUGGGCACCGAGAUGGCACUCUGACGAUGGUUUGCAUAAUCGCUAUUUGAACAAAUACAACUUUACUGCCUCUCGAAGUCGACCAAUGGUGCUGGAGCCAUCAUCAGAGGACUCAAUACUGAGCCUAAGAGGCCUCCGGGUCGAUGUAGUCAAAGAGAUGCACGAUAGGACGGCAGACAUACACCAAGACAUCCCCGCUGCUGUCGACAUGAUCACACUUAACAUCGACGUCUUUAACAAAAGAUACGGCUCGGAAAUCAUUAGAACGGUCCUCCUGACAAUGAUGGCCGGCCAUGAGAGCUCUGGCCCUAUGAUAGACCAGACGACAAGACCUCCAAAAGACGACGAAUACCUCAAUAAUUUCAUAGCUUUUUUCUUGCUCUGCACAAUCCAGACCCACAUGUCCCAAGACGGCAGAGAAAUUGAUCAGAGGAGAUAUUUCGAGCUCGUGAGGCUCGCCGCAAAAGCCAUUCCUCUGCCGGAAGAGCCAUGCUGGACAUCACCUGAGGAUUUCGAGUUGUUGGAGAGAAUGCUCAAGGUUCUGUAUCCGCAUGAUCCGCGGGUUGUAUCGGCUGAUUUAGAUAUACUCAGCAGGAUUGAUUGUGAUUUGAUGAUGGGGCCGCGGCGGUUUGCAGAGGCGAUUCGAGCUUCUGAUGAUAGCAAGAUAUUUAUCACGGAAACGGGAUAUGUUGGUUUUGGGCCGCGCUGUAUGAGGCGCGGAGAUGUCGUUUGCAUUCUGUUUGGAGGCGGGACACUAUAUGUCAUCCGACCAACAGCGACUACAGACAAGUAUUUAUUUCUUGGGCCAGCUUAUGUACAUGGGAUCAUGGAUGGGGAGGUUAUUGAUGCUUGGGAGAGAGACAACGGCUCUGAAGAUCAGAAGAAGCUGUUCAAACUCUUGUAA